AUGGUCAAGCUUGAAGAACUUGAAGAUGAGCACUUCAUCAACAAGCCAGACACGACCAAGGACGGCGCUCUGUUGGCAGACGACGAUGAAGAUUACACUGACACCGUUGUGCCUUCGCUGUGUCUGGUCCCUCUUCGUCGAGGACCAAUGAUCAAUCCAUCCUCUGGACGAUUUUCUCCCAGUUCACUCGCAAACCACAGCCACAAAAUCGACGUUCAUGAUCUAACAUUUUCAUCUAAUCUAGACUCCGAGAUCUCCGACGACGACGCCGUCGACGCUCCCCUAGACGAGUCAAUCAUUGACCGUCUCUCCGCGCUCCGUGAUAUAGUGCCCCCGAAAACCCGCGCCCGCUUCGUUUCUGCCACCCAGACCGUAUUUUCCGCAGCUAACGCCUCCGUCACCUUCGGCGGGAAGAGCCUGUGGGUCAUCGCGACCAGCAUUUUACUCUUGGGGAUCCCCUAUGCGCUUGCGCUAGGCGAGGAGCAGCAGUACAUGGAGGAGGAGCGACAGAGGGGGAUAAUGGAACAGGGAACGCAAGGAAUCAUCCAGGGCGGCCAGCAACCCGGACAUGGGGACGCGAAGCCGGCCUUGUAA